CGAUAUUGCAUUCGGCGAACUAUUUGAACUAAGUGAAUCGAUGGAAUUAUUUCAUCAGUACAUCGAAUUGGACCGAAGCUGAGCACUUGCCUGAACAAAAAUAAUGAACAUUUCAAUAAUAUUUGUGGCAAUUAUUGCUCUCAUUAUAGGCUGCCGCAGUGACGAUUUUCCUUCACACAUAAAGCGCUGCAAGAACGGAGAUCAUACAUGCAUUGCCAAUACUAUGAAUGAACUGAUUAAAGUGUCAGCAAGUGGCAUACGUGAGCUUGGUGUCGUCCCAACCGAUCCAUACGAAAUAGCUGAUGUGAUUGUGGAAAAAGGAGAAGAGAGUCCGAUAAAUAUUAAAAUUCACUACGAAAAAUGUAAUAUAACCGGAAUCGAUAGCAUUCACGUCGAUAAAGUCACUGGAUUCGAAAAAGACCCCAAAACGUCAAAAUUCCGCAUGCGCGGACAUUUGAAAUUGUCAACCAUAUCUGGACCAUAUCAGGUUUCAGGAAAAGUUCUACUCUUACCAAUUACUGGACGCGGUUGGUCGGAAAUUAAAUUUGAAAAUGUUAGUCUCAGAGUUUCAUUACAAACUCAUGUCGACACGAGAAAUGGCAAAGAGUUUCUGAUAAUCGAUCGGGUGGUCGUGAAAAUGGAAACAGAGAAAUUACGAAUAAAGCUGGAAAAUUUGUUCAACCACAAAGAGUUGAGCGAUGGUAUGAACGCAAUUCUGAACGAUAAUGACCAGCUCAUUUUUAAAGAGUUGCAGGUGCCACUACAAAACGUCCUGGAAAAAGUGGCAAGACAAAUUGUUGCACCAGUUUUCAAUAAAUUCCCUUACAACGAAAUGUUUUUGGAUGAAUAAAAAUUUCGAG